GCGGGGACCCCUGUCCUUUUCGUCAAUCUCGCGCGGCCCACGGCCCCCAGGUCUCAGGGACCGCACUUCACGCUCUGGCUCGCAUGGCGGACAAGAAACUGGUGGUGGUGUUUGGAGCCACAGGUGCUCAGGGAGGCUCAGUGGCCCGGACGCUCCUGGAAGAUGGGACAUUCAAGGUCCGAGUGGUCACUCGAGACCCUGGGCAGAAGGCAGCAAAGGAGCUGAGGCAGCAGGGUGCAGAAGUGGUGCGAGGAGACCAGAAUGAUGAGGGCAGCAUGGAGCUGGCCCUGACGGGGGCUCACGCUGCCUUCGUCGUGACCAACUACUGGGAAAACUGCAGCCAGGAGCAGGAGGUCAAGCAGGGAAAGCUGCUGGCCGAUCUGGCCAAGCGCCUGGGCCUUCGCUACGUGGUCUACAGUGGCCUGGAGAACAUCAAGAAGCUGACGGCCGGGAGGCUGGCCGCGGGCCACUUUGAUGGCAAAGGGGAGGUGGAGGAGUAUUUCCGGGACAUCGGAGUUCCCAUGACCAGCGUGCGGCUGGCCUGCUAUUUCCAGAACCUGCUCUCCUACUUCCUGCCCCAGAAAGCUCCGGAUGGAAAGAGCUACUUGCUGAGCUUGCCCAUGGGUGAUGUGCCCAUGGACGGCAUAUCGGUGACCGACCUGGGUCCCGUGGUGCUCAGCCUCCUGAAGCAGCCAGAAGAAUACGUUGGCCGGAACAUCGGGCUCAGCACCUGCCGGCACACGGCGGAAGAGUAUGCCGCCCUGCUCUCCAAGCACACCGGCAAGACCGUGCGCAGCGCCAAGACGACCCCGGAGGACUAUGAGAAGCUCGCUUUCCCUGGUGCCCGGGACCUGGCCAACAUGUUCCGUUUCUAUGCCAUGAAACCCGACCGUGACAUCGAGUUGACCCUCAGGCUCAACCCCAAGGCCCAGACGCUGGAGCAGUGGCUGGAGCAGCACAAGGGGGACUUUGCUGGGCUCUGACCCUGCCACCUCUCAGCCCCAUCUGGGGGAACAGGAGAUAGAUAAGUCACAGUGAGCCAUUCUCGUGUUGCCAAAAAAAAAUUUUUUUUUUAAAUAAAGACCAUUGUUUUCACAGAUGGCUUCCAAAAGAAAA